AUGGUAGUGCUCAACUUCACCCUUAUCUGCAUGGGUAGAGAAUAUAAUGAGAGUAAUCCACUAGAUUUGGAGAACAGGGGCCCAUAUGACUAUUCUCAAUCGGAGAAGUCCUACCUGAUGUGGGCAGUAGCUGUCGGUACGCUUGUAGCUGCAUGGCCUUUUCAUUGGUUCUACCAAAAAUACGGUGCAAGAUCCGUAUUUUUUACAGCUGGAGUUAUCUCUACGGUAGCUACGGCGGUGAUGCCAUUCAUGGCAGCUCAUACAUGGAUUGGGCUAUUGGCAGCGCGAUUUUUUCAGGUUCGACAAGAAUUGCUAAUGUUUGGAAUUCAUUUACUGUGA